CAUUAGGGGGGCACCUUUAAAUCAACUGUCAAACAUGUGGCAAAUUUUUAUUUUCUGCUUCUUACACUCAGUACAAAAUAAUAAUGCGUUGCGAAGCGUUCAUCAGAAGUCGAUGGCGGCAGGCCGUCUGGAGAAUGUAACACAGACAAUAUCACGUAUACUGGAGGGAUAUGACAUUCGACUAAGACCAAACUUUGGAGGAGAACCAUUGCACGUGGGCAUGGACCUGACGAUAGCGAGCUUCGAUGCAAUCUCGGAAGUGAAUAUGGAUUACACUAUCACAAUGUACCUAAAUCAAUACUGGAAGGAUGAGCGGCUCGCGUUUAACGCGUACGCCCUGUGGGGAGACAAUCAGAAGGAUCAAACGGGAGAGAUCAUGAUAGAGGACGACGGUGCGAACGAUGUGAUUACGCUGUCGGGGGACUUUGCCGAAAAGAUUUGGGUACCGGAUACGUUCUUCGCCAACGAUAAGAACAGCUUCCUGCACGACGUGACCGAGCGCAACAAGCUGGUCCGGUUGGCCGGUGACGGGGCGGUAACGUACGGGAUGCGCUUCACCACAACGCUCGCCUGCAUGAUGGAUCUGCACUACUAUCCGCUCGAUUCGCAAAACUGCACGGUAGAAAUUGAAAGCUAUGGCUAUACCGUAUCGGAUGUGGUGAUGUACUGGCGAUCCACACCUAUACGGGGUGUGGAGGAAGCGGAGCUACCACAGUUCACUAUAAUCGGUUACGAGACGAACGAUCGAAAGGAAAAGCUAGCCACCGGCAUUUACCAACGAUUGUCACUGUCAUUCAAGCUGCAGCGCAACAUCGGCUACUUCGUGUUCCAGACGUAUCUGCCCAGCAUACUGAUCGUGAUGCUGUCGUGGGUAUCCUUCUGGAUCAAUCACGAGGCAACCUCGGCCCGCGUUGCGCUCGGCAUCACGACCGUGCUGACGAUGACGACCAUCAGUACGGGUGUGCGCAGUUCGCUGCCCCGCAUCUCCUACGUCAAGGCGAUCGACAUCUAUCUGGUGAUGUGCUUUGUGUUUGUGUUUGCCGCCCUGCUAGAAUAUGCCGCCGUCAACUACACGUACUGGGGUGCUCGGGCGAAGAAAAAGUGCAAAAAGAACAAGGAAGCUGAGCGGAAGGUGUUCGGAAAGACGGAGAAAACCUCAACCUGCUCUGCGGACGAUAUUAUCGAGCUGCAGGACAUCCGCAUGAGCCCGAUCGCUUCGCUGCGCAAUCGCCACUACUCGAACACGAUCACCACUACCGACAGUGUUGAUUCGACCAAGUUUCCGCCAAGCUUCCGCAUUGCCAGAUCGUACGGAUCGAGUAGCCGCAGUGGUCUUCGGUAUCGCAACCCAAGGGGUCAGGGUAGGCCGAAGAUGUUGCACGCAAUCAAACGUGGCGCGUCCGUCAUCAAGGCGUCCAUACCGAAGAUUAAGGACGUGAACGUGAUCGACAAGUACUCGCGGGUCAUAUUUCCCGUGAGCUUUGCUGCCUUUAAUGCCGGCUACUGGAUAUUCUACGUGCUCGAGUGACCCACAGUCAACUAAGAGCGCAGCAGGCCCAUACUAGAAGCCGUAGUAGAU